AUGAAGGCGAUCAUUGUAUUAGCGACUUUUGUGUGUGUUAGCUUGGCGGUACCAGUUACGAAAGAUGAACGUUUCAUUGAGGUAAUUGGUGGUGAUGACAAGAUUCAUAUUGUAGACUUGGAAGAGAAAAUCGAUGAAGACGUUUUACAACGUAUGGCGAGGAAUCCACGAAAUCGAUAUUUCCUCUACACGCGAUUAAAUCCAACCUCGGCGCAGCUUUUGCAAAUAGAUAACAUUGAUUCUGUUUUAUCGUCAAAUUUUAACCCUAACGUGCCGACUGUGGUGGUGGCUCACGGAUGGUUCAGCAACCAAAACACCAACAUAAACCCUGUCAUCAGAGAUGCAUAUCUUGAGAGAAGCGAUGUCAACGUGAUCAUUUUAGACUGGAGUAGAAUCGCAAUGGGUAGCUAUCUAAACGCAAUCGCUAACAUACCGAACGUGGGCAAAGCACUGGGACAAUUCUUGAACUUCUUGAGCGAAACGACUGGUGCAUCGCUUGAGUCCAUGCAUUUGGCAGGAUUCAGUCUUGGCUCCCAUGUGGUUGGUAAUGCUGGAAGGGAAUUGAAUGGCAAAGUUGGACGUGUCACAGGUCUUGAUCCAGUCAGUCCAAUUUGGCAUAAUAACAAAAAUCGCUUGGACAAAACUGACGGCCUCUACGUGGAAGUCAUCCACACCAAUGGCCGUGGAAGUGGUGCCAACAUGGCUCUUGGUCAUGCUGAUUUUUAUCCUAAUGGUGGCAAAAGUCAGCCAGGUUGCUUAACUAGUAUUUGCAAUCACAACCGUUCUUGGGAAUUAUUCGCCGCUACAGUGAAAUACGAUCAUUUAGUUGGUAAAGAAUGCUCUUCAGAGAAUGAAGUUGUAUCCAACAAAUGUAAUGGAAAGUCAUAUAAUAUGGGCAAUGGAGAUAUGUCUAAAUCUGGAUCUGGAUUAUAUGGGUUGACGACAACAAGCAGUUAUCCUUAUUAACAAAUAUUAAUUUAAAUUAUUCUUAA